AUGUCUUUACAAAGCGAAAACGAUGAGGAUUUUGGAUUUAAACAUUUACUUUGGAUAUAUUGUGGUCGAUGUGGAGAUCAUUGUUGGAUUUGUGUUCGUAAAUCGAAUAAUGAUGAAAGGAAAGCAAUUGUAGUGUAUCUGGAAGUUAUAAAGACAAUUUUGGAAGAUCAAGAUGUGAUUAAUGAACAAAAAUACGAUUAA